AGAACGAACCUAACCGGGACGUGGUUGGUUUCAAAAAGCGUAUGUAAACGCAUGCGUGACGCUCAGAGGAAAGGAUCAAUCAUCAACAUUGCUUCAAUUGCUGGUUUGAAUCGUGGUCAAGUGCCUGGUGGAGCUGCAUAUUCAUCUUCUAAAGCAGGAGUCAAUAUGCUGACAAAGGCGAUGGCAUUGGAAUUGGGAGCACACAAAAUCAGAGUGAAUUCCAUAUCACCUGGACUUUUCAGAUCCGAAAUCACUGAAAGAUUAAUGGAAAAAGAUUGGUUGAAAACAGUGGCGAUGAAAACAGUACCCUUGAGAAGUUAUGGUACUUCUGAUCCAGCAUUAACAUCCUUAGCUCGUUAUUUAAUUCAUGAUUCUUCUGAAUACGUAUCUGGCAACAAUUUUAUCGUCGAUGCUGGAGCCACCAUACCUGGCCUGCCUAUUUUUUCCUCCCUAUAAACCAAGCAUAAUAAACUUAGAUUUUAGAUUCAUUUAACAACCCUUUUACACAAAACCUAAACUAAAAUAUUGUACUGUAAUCAAUGCUUCAUUUUACACAUGUAUUACCCCCAUAUAUUUCAGUUU